AUGAAGAAAUUGGAUGUUGUCGAGAGUGCUGCAGACAGCAAGCAAUCGACACCGUUGAAAAGACUACCAAAAAAGGAAGCAGCUGUUCACUCAGAUUUUUCCGACUGGGAUGAAUCACCUAUCAAGAACGCACCAGCCUGUCCUCAAGGUUCCCUAGUGCACCAUGUUGCUGAAAAAGAAAAUUCGGAUUUGAACGACUCCUUUGAUGAUCCCGUCAUACUUAGUACUCCGUCACAGUUUGUAAAUAAAAACGAGGAAUGGCUGGUGGAUCUUUGUGGCGUAACGGAUAAGGCCAACAGUCAAAAGUUUAUUAAGGAUCACUGGGCUGAGACAAACGUUGAACCAAACACUCGAAUCAGGCUGAUUGGUGCGAAACCUUGGGGAGAUUCCGAUUGGCUGGUUUCAAACGAGCACGGCGUUAUGAUUGUUGCUCCAGACACACUUGUGCCCUGCACAAGCAUAGCUGGGGCUACAUGGUGUCCACGUAAGGUCAUCCUUAACGAACGCUUUCGCGGUCCUACUGAAGCUAACAAAGCUAUGCUUAUAGGCAAUAUUGUCCACGAAAUGUUCCAGGCAGUCUUCGUGGUCCAUCUCGCACUGUCUACUCAGGGAUUGGCUGCUUCAAUAAGGGCGAGAAAACACCCGCAGCGAAGUCCUUGCACAGUUGGUACACGAUAUCGAAGAAAAUAUUGGGCUACCACAAUUAGGUCUCAAGGCAAAAUAGACGCCACUCUAGAGGUUAAAUGUGGUGUAAGAAGACGAAAGCAAUCACUUGAGCUCAAAACUGGCAAAAGUGGACAUUCUUCGGAACAUGCCGCACAGGCUGAUGCUUUAUCGCGGAUUGUUUCGUCGACAGUACAAGCAGCCAUUGCUGAGUCCUUGGUAUAUCUAAAGGAUGGGAUCACUCGUACCGUAAAACCACGGGCCAUGGAAAUGAAGGGUAUAAUUGCUCAGCGGAAUCGCUUGGCAGCAUACCUUUCAAAGUUGAAGCCGGAUUUCCUACCA